UGAGGGCGAGUGAACUCAGUGGGUUACAAAUAACAGAAAAGAAUUGGGUUUUGGAUUGGGUUGUCCUCUUCUUCUUCCUUGCAUUCGUCUUUCUGUAUGCCCUCAGCCCCCUCUUCAGUUUCUCCCACUGCAGAGUCAUGAAAACAACCAUUCACUCACACAAUUAGGAUUCUCCUCUUCUAUUAGGGUUUUUCAUUUCCACUCAACCAUGCUUCCCGCACUCUCUCAGUUCAAGAUUAAUCAUGUCGGGGCCAAAUCGCCCCUUAACCCACUCCCCACGCUCCACCGCCACCGCGUCUCUGUCCUGCGAUCGCCAUCUUCAACUUCGGCCGUCGAAACUAUCAAAAUCACCGCUUCGACAUCCUCCGGGGUCGAAGCCGACACCGCCUCUCACCUCGAGCGCUGUUUCAAAGCGCCGGUCGCUUCCCAAUCGCCCUCCAUGAAGGGCGGCCAAUACGGUGCACUUGGCGCCGUCACCUUGGAAAAAUCCAAGCUCGAUUUGACACAGAAACAAACCAAGUCAAGCCCCGAGCUAGACAUUGGGGGAGGUGGCGGAGGUAUUGGAAAGAAAAUCAAUCAUGGUGGUGGUGAUGGAGGUGAUGAUGGUGGUGAUGAUGAUGAUUACUUUGAUGACUUUGAUGAUGGUGAUGAGGGAGAUGAAGGUGGCUUGUUUAGGAGACGGAUACUUUUUGAAGAGCUAUUCGACCGAAAAUUUGUGGAUGCUGUGUUAAAUGAGUGGCAAAGGACUAUGAUGGAUUUGCCUGCUGGGCUUCGGCAAGCUUAUGAAAUGGGGUUGGUUAGCUCAGCUCAAAUGGUAAAAUUUCUAGCAAUCAAUGCCAGGCCAACCACCAGUAGAUUUAUUUCCCGAACACUGCCUCAAGCACUAUCAAGGUCAUUCAUUGGCAGGAUGCUUGCAGACCCCGCAUUCUUGUAUAGGUUUCUAUUGGAGGAGGUUGCAACAAUAGGUUCCUCGGUGUGGUGGGAGUUAAAAAAUCGAAAAGAUAGGAUAAAGCAGGAGUGGGAUCUUGCACUUAUGAAUGUGCUGACAGCUGCAGCAUGCAAUGCACUAGUUGUUUGGUCCCUUGCACCUUGUCGAUCAUACGGGAACACAUUUCGGUUUGAUUUACAGAAUACAUUGCAGAAGCUUCCAAACAACAUAUUUGAAAAGAGCUAUCCACUUAGGGAAUUCGACUUGCAAAAGAGAAUCCAAUGCUUUUUGUUCAAGGCCGCUGAGUUGUGCAUGGUUGGUUUGAGUGCUGGUGCAGUACAGGGUGCAUUGUCAAACUCUUUGGCUAGUAAAAAGGAGGGAAGAUUAUCUGUGACAGUCCCAAGUGUGAGCAGUAAUGCACUUGGUUACGGUGCUUUUCUUGGAAUUUAUGCUAACCUGAGAUAUCAACUGUUAUGUGGGUUUGAUAGAGCAAUGAUGACCCAUUUUGAUGUUAUAGGAGUUGCCUUGUUCUUCAGCACAGCAUUCAGGGUCUUGAACGUUCAAUUAGGAGAGACAUCUAAGCGUGCCUGGCUCGGAGUUGAGGCAGAUCCACUGGCUCUAUCAGAUGAUCUCUUGAAAGUGUACAACAGGACGUCUGAGAAUGUGGAAAAGCCAUCCUCAAAAUGGUUUAUAUCAAAGAAUGCAAUUGUUUCUGGGCUUGGGCUCCUGGGCAUCAAACAAAGGAAUGCGGAUGGAGCUGGUGCAGAAACUUCAGCUCCUAAAGCUCGUCGAAAAAGGAUUGUUCGGAAGAAGGUUGCUGCGGGUUCUGCUUAGUUUCUUCCUGAUAUAAACGUAGUCCCGGUCCAAUUUUGCAGUCUGUUACUUCUGGAGUGUCCGUAGAGGUUUACUGGCUGCUCCACUACUAAAUCAGGGGGUAAUUCGUGGACCAACAUUUUUUUAUCACGUCAGCUAAAAUUUGAGGAGGGUUUUGUUUUUAAAUUUUGUUAGGAAUUCUUAUAUUGAUCCUUUGUGUUUUUCUAUCUGAUUCUGUACUAUAUAUUUUGAACCUUUUAAAUAAAGUAGAGCGAGUAUUUUUCCCCCAAGUCCAUGUAACUUCAAUUGAGACUCAAAAAUACAGCUCUUAUAUACUCUUGUGUCGA